AUGGCUACGGACACGGACACGGAUACGGCCAGUACAUCAGCGGCGAGACGUAAAAGCGGCAACAACCAGAGGAAAUCAAAGCCGAAGCGGGUGCGAGGAGAAAAUAAUAGCGAAAAAGUGAGAGAAAGGGGCAAGGAGAGCUACAGCUACCAGCACAACUACGUGGAUCGGGUGCGUCUGGAGGACACGAACGGGGGCCACCAGCACCACCACAGCCACUACCACAAUAGCAGCAGCAGCACCAGCAACGUCCACGAUCCGAGGUGUCCGCAGGGACUGCGGGCUGCUGCCGCUGGCUGGCGGCACACGCACAAAUCCGUGUCGCAUCUCGAUUUGGCCACCAGCUGCCAUGAAGCAGCUGGCAAUGGCAUAGGUCGCCACACGCAGCACCACCCACACGGCCACCACUCGCAUCCGCACCACCUGCAGCACGCCCACCACGCCCACCACUCGCAUCAUCCGCACGCCCAGCCCCACUGGACGCAGUGCCGCGUGGGCCUUGGCGGAGCAGGAGCAGCAGGAGGCGGACCAGGCAGCGGACAGCUGAGGAACGCCCGCUCCUUGGACUACACGCAGCUCGAGCGGGAGGAGAACGCCUUGGACAUCGCCGAGUUCUACUGGCGAUUCGAUGCGGAAGCUCCGCUAGACCACGGCGACAGCUACGCGGUGCUUCCCGUCAACGACAACUUUGAGGCAACUCCAGCAGCACCAGCGGCAGCAGGAGAACCACCAGCCACCAGCAGCACAGUAAAUGGUGGCACAACAGCCAGUGCCACAGCGACAGCGACAGCCACAGCCACAGCCACUGCCGCCGCUACACUCUUCGAUCUAUUGGGCAGCGAAUCGUGCAGCCUGAGGCGAUCGCGCAGCUUGGCGGUGAUCCGUGAGGAGACAUUUAGUGACCUGCAAAUUGGUUCGGCAAACAGCAGCAGGCGGAGAUCGCAGCUAAUACCGCGUGCGCGGCUCGUUAAUCGUGGAUUUUUCCGUGAAUCGCCGAGAUUGAACGCCAAGCAGCAGCAGCAGCAGACGACCUCCUCCACGAUUGAGCAGCCACUGGAGACGCCACCGGCGGAUGACACUCAAAGUCACAGAAGCAGCAACAACAGCGGCACUUGUGAUUCGCAUCAGCAACAGCAGCAGCAGCAGCAACAGCAGCAACAGCAGGCACAUCCCCGGGGAAGAGGGGAAUCGCGUGACUUUGAUUUGUACUACGAUAAUCUGAAACGCUUGGACGCCUUGGCGUUGGGUCUCAGCGAGCAGCUGCAUCCGUGGCACAACGACAAGAGCGACUUGGAGAGCCUCAACUCGGACUACUUCAAGAAUUCGUUGCAUCAGAACCAUCUCGAGCAGCAGCAGCAGCAGCAGGGGCCCUCAUCCUUGGAGUUCGAGGCAUUGGAACAGGCGGCAGUGAAUCUGCUGAAGGAGCGGCCGCGCAUCUACCAGUCGCGCAGGCAGCAGCAGCAGCGGAACCACCACCACCAUCAGUGCCACCUGCAGCGGCACUUGCAGCAGGACACGGGCGGCGAGUCCUGUCCGGAGCACAGCCAGAGCAGCGUCUUCCCGGAGACAACGACCAGCAACUCCGACGACCAGACGGACAGCCCCUCGCUCUCCGAGCAGGAGUACGACCUCACGCACAUCGAGGAGAUCUACCAGCAGCAGGCAGGCGGAGUGGGAGUGGCAGUGGCAGUGGGAGCUAACGGAGUGGAGGAGAGCUACGAGAUCAUCAGCCUCACGACCACGGCCAGGACCACGCGAUUCGAGGAGAGCUGCAGCGACCAGGAGGCGGACGACGACCAGGAGGGAGCCGACCACGUCGAGGAGGAGAGCCGCCUCACCCCCACCUCUGGGGAGAUCCCGGCCAGCGACAGCGACAGCACCUUGAAGCGGGGCCACGGGGAGCACCUGAUUGCCUACGACUCGGUGUAUCUGUCGUCGGAGGACAGCUCCGACUGCACUCUGAUCGGCGAGUCCUGCGAGUCCUUCGAGCAGCGCACCUUCACCAGCUGCGGCGAGAGCGGGGAGCUGGAGACGCGCAGCCUGCUGCACAUCUCCAUCGAGGACACGGUGUACGAGCCGCAGGCGAAGCACCACAAGAAGGGCGGAGCCUCAGAGGAGCAGCAGCAGCAGCAGCAGCCGCUGCUUACCACCGCCAAGGUCGAGGCACAGAUCUUCACGCAGGUCCUGAAGGUGGAGCACACGCCGCAGAACAAGCCCAAGAUCCUGGCAGUCGUCGAGAAGCGGAAGCUCAAGCAGGAGGAGGCGCAAGGGAAGCAGCAGCAGCAGCCGGCCACCGACUCCUUUGUGGUGGUGUCCAAUCUGCAGGAGAACCAGUACCACAGCCUGCCGGAUGUCAACAUCGGCGUGAGCCUCAAGGUGUGCGAGAGCAUCGACAAGGAGCUGAGAUCCUCCUACAAUCAGCAGCGCCAGCAGCAGCGGAAGGACUCGAAGCGGGGGGCGCAGGUGGUGACCCGCGCAGAGACCUACGACUCCAUCAGACGCUUCGGCAGGGCCCACCAGAAGGCCAGGCAGAAGGAGCACCAGGAGAGGGAGCGCGAAAGGGAGAGGGAAGCAGCAGCAGCGGCAGGAGGGGAGAAGGAAGCCCAAAGACAGGAAAAGCCAAAGAUAACAAAGGAAAUCGUUGCAGCAGAAGAGCCACAAAGGCAGCAGGAGCCCGAGGAGGAGGAGGAGCCACCAUUGCCUCCACCACCCCCUCCAUUGACAGAAGAGGAGCAGCAGGAGGAGGAGCCCCAGGCCGAGGAGGAGCCCGAGCCAGAGCCAGAGCCAGUGUCCAUUGCACAAGUGGAACAACCCAAGGAGGCGCCUGUCAUCGAAGUGGCAAACUUUAGCAAACUAAUCGAGCGACGUGCCCAGGAAAUCCGUGAACGCAAGGACCCCGACGGAAGACAGGAGCAGCGCCGGCAGCAGCAGCAGCCACAGGAGGAGGCGGAACAGGAAGGGGAAGCGGAAGGGGAAGCGGAAGGGGAGACCCUGUUCCACAUCAUCGUCACCGACGCCCAGAACAAUAUCAUCGAAAAGGAAGCCAUUCACGAGGAGCACUCACUGCAGCGACCCCGCACCGUACGCCGCUCCCAGAGCUCGUCGUGUGGCAAGCCCCCGGAGCGCCGCAUCCUGCACAGCGGCGGGGCGCCCAUCUACAAGGCGAGGCCCAUCAAAGUCCUGGCCGCAGGCCACAGCCACGGCGAGUCGACCUUUGGCCGGGGCAAAAUGUCGCGACCACAGAUCCUGCACGUUGUGGACGGAGGCGCCGCCGCCGAAGGCAGCCUGAGGCGCCGCAGCAGUGCCAGGAGCAUAGCCUCCACCGUCAGUGGGGCGGGCGGCGCGGCAGUGGCCACGGAAUACCUCCAGAAAGUGGAUGCCGUGCGCUGCUAUUGGCAGAAGCUGGCGGGCAAUGAACCAGAAACGCCGGCCGCAGACACGGACAAGGGGGAGGCGGAGGGCCGCACGGGUCUCCACUUCCAGUUGGGUGGCAAGACCACAGCCUUGCAACAGCAGCAGCCGCCGCAGCCGCCGCAGCCGCCGCAGCCGCACAGCAACGAUUUCUGCAGCAUGAUGCCGCCGCCCUCCAUUGAGAUCGUGGAACUGGGCGAGGGCGCCCAGAAGGCGACCAUUGUGAGUGCCGCCCCCGAUCCGGAUGCCGACGAGGACGACCAGGACGAGGCCCAGUUCGAUCACAUCCGCUACAAGGUGCUCAAGUCGCAGCAGCUGAUCCGCAGCAACAUCCUGCACCACUCGACGCGCAACAAGAAGGAGGCCCAGUUCGACGGGCUCAUCCAGUACCUGCAGGACUACUCCUUCCAGGAGCUGCUCAGCAACAACAACGUGGUGAUCGUGGAGCCCGUGCGGACGAAGAUCGAGCGGCCGCUGCAGGUGGGCGGCGGCCCAGCGCCGCGGGUGGCUGCCGCCGGCCCCCCCAAGCCGCCGCGCGUGAUCCAUGCCUCGGGGUCGCAGCCGCGACGCACCACCCUCCGCCAGCGGCAGAUGGGGGGCGGUGGCGGCGGGGGAGGCGCCGCGGCCAAGCGGCACUUCUUCUACCAGCCCGUGAGGGUCAACCGAGAGCUGUACGAGGACGAGCUGCCCGAUCCGGACACCGUGCGGAAUGUGCGUCGCUUCUUCGAGCAGAACGUGAUGCCGUCGCCGGGGCAGGGCCUCCUCGUGCAGUCGCAGCAGAAGUUCGGAGGCUCCGCCUGUCAACUGAGUCCCAAGACAGCCAGGCGGGCCGCCCAGGGAUCGUCGUACCGAUAUCUGACGAUAGACACGAGCUUUGGAGGCGACUCCUCCUCGUCGGGCGUGGAGCAGCCCAAGGGCAUGGAUCUGCUGGCGGAGGAGGAGCAGCAGCACCAGCAGCAGAAGCACUCCAAGCUGGGCCACUGGGACACCGGCAGUCUCUCGAGCGGCAUCUCCAGCGGCGACCUGAGCUCCCCCUGCGGCGACUGCCAUCCGCAGGAGUCGUCGCCCGUGAUGGCCUGCAAGGAUGUGCACGUCCAGGACGUGGUCCGGCGCCACAACAGCAAUGCGGCGAACGCCAAGGCCCGGGCGAAGUUCGCCUCGCGACGCACCUGGUGCAUGGGCGGGGCCUCGGCCACCAGCGACUCGCUCUAUCGUCAGAUUUACGAACAAAAUUUGGGCCACGACGCAGAGGAUGAGCAGGAGGAGGGCCACUACGACGAGGAGGAGGAGGAGGACGACGACGAGGACGAGGAGCAGGCCCACGAGCAGGACAUGUGCGAGAACUAUUAUGUCAGCAACGACAUUCUGGCCAAGAUACGGGAGUGCGGCUCCACAGUCACUUACUACGGCGGCCGGGUCCUGGAUGGUGGCCCCGCCUCGAAGAUGUCGCCGCCACAGGCCGCCGCCGCCGCCGCCCAGCAGACGAAUGGCGGCACACGCUCUCGCAUACGCCAGAUCGAGGCAUGUAACGUGUGCCUGCCCAGCGAGAGAUGCGAGCACCGAUUGCAGACGAAGCAAAGCCUCGAGGAGCAGCAGCAGCAGUCGCAGGACUCCUACCAGGGCAUCAAAUUCAAGCUGGUCAAGUCGAACAGCUGCAGCAGUCGCCUGGAGCUCGCCGGCGCCGACACGGAGGUCAACGGGGGCGCCGCCGACAGCGAGGUGGUGCGCAAGAUGGUCCAUCAUUUCGAGGCAACAGCCACGGACCCGGUGACCAUCAACAGCCAGAUAACGGAGGCAGCUGCCCCGCCGAGACGCCUCCAAGUGACGGUAAAUAAUCACAUCAACGUCCAGGCGGUGCACAGAAAUGAAAGCUCCAAUGGAGGCAGCCACUCGGCUGGGGCAGAGGCCACAGAGAUAUCUCAUCCCACAUACGAGUCGCAGGCCAUGAACAUACGCCUCGAUGUGGCACGUGGCAGUGCCUCGAGUGCCAGCAAAGUUUGCCGCAAUAAAAAUGUGGAUUUGGCCUAUACAUUGGCCAAGCAGCCGACGCCCCAGGCAAGGGCCUGCCCGGCCCUCGAAGGCAAUCAGCGGCUGCCACAAAACGAGGAUGUGGCAGUGUCAAAAGUUGUCAGCAAGCAACAAACACCAGCAGCAGCAGCAAUCAAUGGCAGUGGCAGUGGCAGUGGCAGACCACAAAUCAUUGUGCCAGUGGAGAUACACCAGCAGAUACAGCAGCAGGUGGCAGGUCCUUUGCCCAGUGCUGCCCCCGAGCGACGGCUGAGCAAUGCCAGCAGCAGUGCCGCCUCGAUUGUGGACAAGACGGUGGUGCGGCACUACGUGGCGAACGACAGGAGCAUCUACGAGCGCCGCAAGUACGACGAGAUCGAGUUCGAGGAGUUCGAGGUGUACGAUCCCAGCAAGGAGCCCCAGGAGGGGCGCCAGGAGGGGCGCCAGGAGAGGCCCCCCACGGACGCGGAGCUGUACGACAGCCUCGACGACAAAAUGUAAAACGAAUCAAAUGCUCAAAGGGGGUUUCAGUCGACAAUCGACAAUCGACAAUCGAAUCGCAUCGAUAAUAUCUAUAAAGAAUACCAAAAUAUAAUCAUAUUAUUACACAUUUUUUUUUUUUUGGUUUUCGGGCCCCAAUUCGGGCUCCAAUUUAUGCCUUAAUUUAGGUUUAAAACUAUCCAAAAACUACCAUAAAAUAUGUAUUUUUUUUUUUGCUUUUUUUUACGCGCAAGCGACCGAGAGGCGCUGCCGCAUGACGCGAUGUUAGAGAAUAAUUAAUUCGAAAAUUACGAAUACGAAUACGAGUACGAGAGAGGUGUGUUAGUGUUAGUAAUUCAUGAAGAGAGGAUAGGAUAUCCAUCUAUAACCCCAUAAAUCGAUAAAUCGAUGACCCCAUAAAUCGAAUGUCCCUGCGAUUUGUUCAAUUUGUAAAUUAGAAACAUUUGAUGAUAA